AUGAAUCAAGAAAUCUACGAAGAACUGCUCUUCGCAAGAACUUUGAUAACCGACACUAAAGAAAAAGCAAUUCCUUUAUCAAAUAUAAUAUCAGUAGCUAUAGAUGGAGCACCUGCCAUGGUUGGACGUUAUCCUGGAUUUAUAAGCUAUUUAAAACAAAAUGUGUCAGGGGUGUUAGCAAAACAUUGCGUCAUCCAUCGACAACAUUUAGAUGCUAAAAAUUUGAGUGUCAGAUUGCAUACGCGGUUAUUUGCGCAGUUGUGUGAAGAAAAUGACGAACACUUUCAUCAAUUACUCCUUCACACUGAAGUACGCUGGCUGUCGAAAGGCUUAUGUUUGACAAGAUUUUUUGCACUUUUUGAGACUAUUUUAGAAUUUCUGGAUACUAAAGAUAAAAUUUUAAAAGAAAAUUUAAUGAAGAGGAAAACAGACAUCGCCUAUUUAACAGAUUUGUUUACAAAAUUUAAUAUGGUUAAUUUGCAAUUACAAGGCGACAUUUUAAAUUUGAUUGAAACAAAGUCCAUCUUAUCAGCGUUUCUUGCCAGAGUUUAA